AUGGACAAAGUGGUCAUCAGUCUCCUGCUUCUGGGAACCACAGUUACGAUGGUCCAUGCAUGUCCCAAAUACUGUGUCUGCCAGAACCUGUCAGAAUCUCUAGGGACUCUGUGCCCCUCCAAAGGCCUGCUCUUUGUCCCACCGGACAUCGACCGGCGCACUGUGGAGCUACGUCUGGGCGGCAACUUUAUCCUCAAGAUCACCACUCAGGACUUUGCCAACAUGACAGGCCUUGUAGAUCUCACCUUGUCCCGCAACACAAUCAGCUCCAUCCAGCCUUUUUCCUUCAUUGAUUUGGAGACCCUGAGGUCGCUGCACCUCGACAGUAAUCGGUUGACUGAACUGGGACCCGAUGACCUUCGAGGGCUGAUCAAUCUGCAGCACCUGAUCCUCAACAACAACCAGAUGAGUCGAAUCAACAAAGCAGCCUUUGAUGACUUGUUACUGACGUUGGAGGAUCUGGAUUUGUCGUAUAACAACCUACGCAGUGUGCCUUGGGAAGCCAUCCGAAAGAUGGUCAACCUCCAUCAAAUGAGUCUGGAUCAUAACCUCAUCGCCUUCAUCUCAGAGGGAACUUUUACAGAUUUGGAAAAACUUGCACGCUUGGACCUCACCUCUAACCGUCUUCAGAAGCUCCCUCCGGAUCCUAUCUUUCAGCGCUCUCAGAAUAAUAUAAUAUUGAGCACUCCUUAUGCUCCUCCACUCUCUCUAAGCUUCGGUGGAAACCCUUUGCACUGCAACUGUGAGGUGCUUUGGCUUCGAAGGCUGGACCGUGAGGAUGAUAUGGAAACUUGUGCUUCUCCUGCUAGUCUAAAGGGGCGCUACUUUUGGUCAGUUCGUGAGGAGGAGUUUGUUUGUGAGCCUCCUUUAAUCACUCAGCAUACGCACAAGCUACUUGUGCUGGAAGGCCAGACAGCUAGCUUGCGUUGCAAAGCAGUAGGUGAUCCGAUGCCCAUGGUGCAUUGGGUUGCUCCUGAUGACCGUGUGAUCAGUAACACCACCGGAAAGACAGUGUAUGAGAAUGGAACCCUGGACAUUACAGUCACCACAGCUAAGGAUUAUGGUACCUUUACUUGCAUAGCUGCCAAUGCUGCUGGGGAAUCUACGGCCUCCAUUGAGCUGUCGAUCAUUCAACUUCCUCAUCUGGGUAAUGGUACGAACCGUACCACCCAGUCCAAAUCAGGGCUUUCGGAUAUAACCAGCUCAACCAAGAUCAGCAAGGGGGAGCCUAAACCUCUGCCAGAGAAGGUGGUGUCGGUAUCAGAAGUGACAGCUGUGUCAGCGUUGGUUAAGUGGACCGUUAGCAAAUCAACGCCAAAGGUCAAAAUGUAUCAGCUUCAGUACAAUUGUUCCGAGGAUGAGGUCCUCAUUUACAGGAUGAUUCCAACGACUAGCAGAGCUUUCGUCGUCACAAAUCUUGUCCCAGGAAUGCAGUAUGACCUGUGCGUGCUGGCCAUAUGGGAUGACACAGCCACCGACCUCACUGCCACCAACAUAGUCGGCUGUGUCCAGUUCAUCACCACGGAGGACUACCCGCAGUGCCAGUCUCUCCACAGUGGGUUCCUGGGCGGCACCAUGAUCCUGGUCAUCGGUGGCAUUAUUGUUGCUACUCUGCUGGUGUUCAUCAUCAUCCUAAUGGUGCGGUACAAGGUGACCAGUGGUAUCCAGACUAAUAAAUUACCCUCUGUGAGCAACACAUACUCGCAGACCAACGGGGGAUUGAACAGGUUCAAUGGUGCCCCGCCACAGGUCAAGUCAACUGUGGUGGUCAUGCGUGAGGAAAUGGUAGAGUUCAAGUGUGGCUCCCUUCAGAGUAGUCUCUCUGCAUCCUCGUCUUCUUCAAACUCAUUAGACAGCCAAACUGGAAGGAAGACAAACGACCGCUACAGCAUGCAGAGCAGUGAAUGCAGCACGCUCCCCAGCAGUAAGUACAGGCGGCACGGCGCCAAAGCACGACCAAACCUGGACAACCUUUUAGGAGCCUUCACUGCUCUGGAGCUGCGAGGCAUAGUAAGGGACCAAGGGACUUCUGGACCCUCCUCCACUUCUACUGCUAUGACGACGGUGGCUGCUGCUCCCCCGUCUGAUAAGGAACCCCUACUUGGGAGGGCCGAGUCCACCACCAUGCUUGGACGUUUACUUGGGCUGCCCCAGGAGGGAAAGCCCAAGAGGAGCCACUCGUUUGACAUGGGUCAUGUGGGGGCGGCGCAGUGUCGCAGCAGCCACCCUCGCAGGAUUAGCAACAUCUGGACUAAGCGCAGCCUGUCCGUGAAUGGCAUGAUGCUGCAGUUAGAUGACAGUGAGGACGAGAAGCCCACUUUUGAGAGCUCUGAGUGGGUUAUGGAAAGCACAGUUUGA